AUGGUCCAGUUCACUUACACAGUCAAGUCUACAAAGUCUGACAGUUAUCAGAGAAGAUUGACGUUCUUACCUGUUAAUGAACUACUUUCUGUGCCAAAGCUACAAUUCAAACAGAACUGUGGUGAGGACAACAUUUGCACUGACUACUUAAGGAUCACAUUUAAUUUUUCAGGUUUCAGUUCAGUGAUUAUAGGAAGACAUACAGAGCUGAAUCUGACGGUAAACCUACAGAAUGACUAUGAAGAUUCAUCUUACACUGUUGUGCACUUCUUCUAUCCCCUGGGUCUCUCCUUUCGGAAAGUUAAUGUGCCAGAGGCCAGCAGACACAUACCCAUUUCCUGUGUACCAUCAGAACAACCAGAUCAAAAUGUAAACAAUGUAGUAUGUGGUGUGAGCACCCCGAGUUUUCCGGCAGGAUCAAAAAUCAUUUUCAGUGUAGCAUUUGGAAUAACUGCUAAGAGUACCUGGGGUGAGAAGUUGGUAAUCACUGCCAAUGUGACAAGUAAUAACAAGGACAGGAUCUUGAAUGAAAGUGCAUACACAAAUGAAAUUCCAAUCCAGCAUGCAGUGGCAUUAAUUCUGAUUCGGGGUGAAGAAUCGACUCAUUACAUUAACUUUUCAGCAAUUACACCACAAACUAAGGCUGUAGAGCACAUCUAUGUGGUGGAAAACCUGCAAGAAGUGAAAAACCUUCCAGUAACUUUGACCUUCAGUGUUGCUGUUGCACUUGGCUCUUCACAGAUCUGGAACAUCACAAAUGUUAGCAAUGACAAGGAUGCCUCUUGUAAAGAAAUUGGUGAGAUUCAUGAAAACUGCUCAAAUAUGGAAGCACAGCAGAAGGAACAAGUCAUUCUGGAUUUUCAGAACGUUGUGUGCAAAUUGUUCCAGUGUAGUAUCAUUUCACUUGGACAGAAAGAACCUCAUCACUUUCGCAUCAAAGGAAAUGUGUCCUCAAGCUUGAUUUCUCAGCAUGUGAAAGAUAGAAAGCUGUUCUUGGCUAGUUCUGCACUUGUUGAAUACAAUAGGACAAAGUACGUCUCAAUGUUUGGACAAGAAGGGUCACCUUUAAGCAUUGAGAUCCUGACAGAGGUUGAAAUUUAUGAAGAAGUCAACAACAAACUAUAUGCUGCAGGUAUCAUUGGAGGAUUAGUUUUGUUAAUUGCAGCUAUUCUAUUGUUGCGCAAAUGUGGGUUUUUCGAACGACACUACAAGAAUAAAGUGAGUGGACAGAAUGAAGAACUUUCUCCUGAAAAUGAAAGCCCAACAACAGAGAUAGGAAAUAUGACUUCUGACAAGACAGCUUCCGGACAAGAGUAAUGGCUGACAACAAUAAGACUGUCACAUGACUUCUGAUGAUGUCUAGUUCAUUCACAUUUUCAACACCACCAACAAAACCUUCCAGUUCAAAAUUCACUUUUGAAAUACCUAUCCUGAUACUGACUUUUGUAAAGAUUGAAUAAAGACGUACUAUUGUUUUUCUUCUUUCUACUUUAUCUACCUUAAAAGCAAGGUGGGUUUGUGAUCAAAAGAUAGAGUUUAGAAAAGACCAGUACAAAACCUGACUGAUGUGUCCUUUCCCUUGUAGGAAAAUCUGCACUGAAGAUGUAGCUGCCUCUGUUAUGGCAUUACAAGAAUUACCUGGCAACUGUGUUGUAAUUUAAAAGUUGUAUAAGAUUAUUGUAAUUGUUUUGAAAUUUUAUUAAGCUUCUUUGCAGUCUAACUAUCUAUGUACCAGCACUAUAAUUACAAUGAACAUUCACUGCACAGCUUUACUCUUUUUACUUUAUAGUUACAUUAUAUUUUCAUUUGGCAUUGUCUUGAAAAUGCUUGUGUAAACAUUAUACUAUGCAGAGCUGGCAAUGCACUAAUUACACUGCAGUUAUUUUUCAAGUGUGAUAGCAAUUGCUAAAUUAUAUGUAGUUAGGUAGCAGAUGAAAGUUAAUUACAGUGCAGUUGGAUGUAUAGUUGAAAGGCAGACUAACUGCAGUCAAAAAUGACUCAGUUUUAGCUACAAGGUAAUUACUGCAAUUCCAAGAAAGUGUAGUGACAUUACAGUGUAAUACAAGGCAAGUACUCUCUAAAAUCUUAGAAAAAUGUAUUCAUCUUCAACUCCUUCCUUAUCUUUUAGAAAAUCACCUACUAACUUCC